AUGAGUAUGAUGGGAGAAUUAAAAUUCUUCUUGGGACUACAAAUCCAUCAAACUGACAGUGGAAUAUUUAUAUGUCAAGCAAAGUAUGCCAAGGAACUCGUUCAAAAAUUUGGAAUGUCUGACUCAAAAGCUAUGGGAACUCCAAUGAGUCCUACUUGUACUCCUGAUAAGGAUGAGACAGGAAAACCUGUCGAUGAAACUAAAUAUCGCGGUAUGAUUGGAUCGUUGCUUUACCUAACUGCUAGGCGACCAGAUAUUAUGUUUAGUGUGUCAGGUGUGCUAGAUUUCAAACUGCUCCAAAGUAAUCUCAUCUUACUGUUGUCAAGCAUAUUAUUAGAUACCUUCAUGGAACAACUAACUAUGGUUUAUGGUAUCCUAACUCCAAUGAUUUUACACUUGAAGGUUUUUCAGAUGCACACUUUGCAGGUGAUAAAGAUCAUAGAAAAAGUACCAGUGGUACUUGCCAGCUUCUAG